GUAAAAUUUUGAUUGUACAAAUUAUCCGCACUGUCACUCCUGUCAAACUUAAAAUUUAAGGAAAUUCUUGAUUGACAAUGGAUGACAUCAUGAAUAUUGUGUCAAGUACGAUAGAUCAAGAGAGCACUGACUUGAACCGACUAAGCCAAUCAAUCUGGAAUCAACCAGAGCUUGGGUUUAAGGAACAUUUUGCCCAUACAGAAUUGACAGAUUUUUUGGAGAAAACUGGAUUUAUUGUGGAAAAGUCCUUUAAACUUGAAACGGCAUUCAGAGCAACCUACACACACAAUGUUGAAAAAGAGUCGGUUCCUGGUCCAAAUAUUGCUGUAUUGUGUGAAUAUGAUGCAUUGCCAGGGAUCGGACAUGCAUGUGGACAUAACCUUAUAGCAGAGCUUGGUGUAGCAUCAGCACUUGCAAUUAAGGCUGCAAUGAUUGCAAACCCAGAACAAUUCCCAGGAACUUUGACAGUGUUAGGAUGUCCAGCUGAAGAAGGGUUGUGUGGAAAGGCUGAUCUGUUACGUCUAGGGGCAUUUGAUGGUGUUGAUGUUGCUAUGAUGGCCCAUCCCUCACAGACUACACUUGCUACACCAAACUAUGUCUCAAUGUCUCCGUUAUCUAUAAAGUAUUUCGGUAAAGCAUCUCAUGCCUCGUCGUAUCCAUGGGAAGGUUUGAAUGCACUGGAUGCUGCAGUGGCUUGUUACAACAAUAUAUCUAACCUCAGACAACAAAUGAAACCCACCUGGAGAGUUCAUGGUGUAAUCAGGAAUGGUGGUGCUCAACCUAAUAUUAUACCAGAGGAGACAGAGUUAGAAUAUUAUCUGCGGACACCCACCGAUUCAGAGAUGGUCACCUUGAAACAAAAGGUGGAAGGCUGUGUACAGGGUGCUGCUUUGGCAACUGGUUGUACAGUUGAUUUCAAGUUUCGUGAGAAGUCCUAUUCAAAUCUGAUAUCUAACAAAACACUUGUUGAUUUGUUUGAAAAAAACGGAGUGUCCAUUGGUAUUGAAUUUGAAACCGAUGAAGAAAAAAGGCGGAAAUUUGGUGGCUCUACAGAUAUGGGAAAUGUUUCACAUGUGAUCCCAAGCAUUCACCCGAAGUUCAGCAUCGGCACAACUGUUAGUAACCACUCUAAAGAAUUCACUGUGGCUGCAGGAGAUAUGAAGGCGCAGAAGUAUACUCUGGAUGUUGCCAAGGCUUUAGCAAUGACUGCGUUAGAUGUGUACAAUAAACCUGAACUGUUGGCUCAAAUAAAAGCUGACUUCGAAAAAGAUGUAGCUGAAACAUGAACAUGUUUAAAUGAUAUAGAUAUUUCAAAGAAAAAUUUUAUAUUAUUUAUUCUAGAAAUGAUGUGCAUGAAAAAAAAAAGAUUUACAAAGAUCUGUCCGCAAAGAAGGAUCUGAAUUUCUGAAAGGUUAAUCUGCUUCUUACUUUCAGACCUAUAUUAUAUUGUUAAUGAUGUAGAAGAGAGAUUAUUGCAUUUACCUUUUUAAGCUCAUCUGACAUUGUCAUUAUUAUCCUUCAUUUCAUUAAACAUUGCAAUUCUUACACUUACCUUAACGUCAUCUGGCCCUUCUACUACAGUACAUGUACUUACAUAUAUGUGAAAUUGCUGAAAAAUGUAAUGAAAAUUUUUGUAAAUAUUUGGUUAAAAGUUACCAUGUCUGAUUUAUAUCAUGAAAAUAUAACCAGAUUUAAAACAAAAGUAAGGUGAUAGUAACAAUUGAAUGAAUAAGUUGUUUUGUUUUUCUUAAUGAAAUCUUUUAGCAAGCUCUUUUUAGCCACAUAAAACAUAUUUUACAAAAUGAAUCAUGUAUCGAUUGAAAAACAAGAAAUUGUAUCAAUAUAUUUCAUGCUUACAAUAUUUUGAAGCCAUGUUUCAUUAAACAUUUGAGCCAUUUCAUGACAAAACCAACAUAAUGGGUUUGCGAACAGCAUGGAUCCUGAUCAGACUGUGCGGAUGCACAGGCUGGUCUGGAUCCAUGCUGGUCGCAAACGCACUAUGUUGUUUUUGUCGUGACGUGGCUCAUAUCAUUUCAAACUUUUUGAGAGGCUUAUUGUAUAAGUUUGUGUGUUUUGAAGAUUGAUUAGAAUUUUAAAAGUGUUGAAGGCUUUUUAAAAUAAGAUUAAUAUCAUAAUUAAGCAAUGCAUUUUACUUUUGUUAUUUUUUCAAACAAAAAAAAAUUAAGAAAUUAGAUUAUAGAGAUGACUUUUAAAGAUGUUAUGAAUUUGUAUUGGGUAAUUUUAUUACGUUAUUGAUAUUAUUGGUUAAAUUUCCACCAUUUGUAAUCAGGUCACUCAGCAUUGUUAUAUUUAAACAGCUGAAUAAAAUAUUUAUGAGUA